ACAUCGAUAGGCCAACUAUCGAUAAGGGUAGACAAUCAACUCAUUUAUAUCGAAUGCACUGCACCGAGCAUGCUGCUGCUGCAAUAGUUCCGCGAACUCGUGUAAUUUCGUUUGUGUAUUAAAUAAAAGAGGCGAAAAAUAACUGCCGAUUUUGUGCAUUCCAAUAUGGUCGAGGAAAAGGAGAACGUAGCCAGUGCGAAUGCCGCUUCGGGGCAGGAGCCGGUAUCCAAGAAGGGAGCCAAGAAGCAAGCGAAAGCAGCGAAGAAAGCUGAGCAGAAAGCCGAGAAUGCCGCUGCCAUUGCUGCCGACGAGGCGGCCGGCGACAAUGCAGCCGAUCAUGCUGCAGGUCGUUACGGACUCUCCGAGAUGAUACAAUCGAAAGAUAAGCGCAGCGAACGCGAGUUCGUCUUGGUGCCCGAGCUGAGCCAGCAUGUGGGCAAGGGACUGGUCUGGGUGCGCGGACGUGUCCAUACUUCGCGUGCCAAGGGCAAACAGUGCUUCCUCAUUCUACGCCAGCAGAGCAGCUCUGUGCAGUGCAUUCUGGCCGUGGGCGAUGUCAUUUCCAAACAAAUGGUCAAGUUUGCCGGCAACAUACCCAAGGAGAGCAUCAUUGAUAUUCAAGCGAAACCCGUGGCGGUGGCCAACAAGAUUGAGUCCUGCACAGAACAGCUGGUUGAGCUGUCUGUCGAACAAAUCUUUGUCAUCUCGCAGGCGAAGGCUCAGCUGCCCCUGCAGAUUGAAGAUGCGUCAAGGCCAGAGAAUCCCGAUGACGCUGAGGGACUUAAUAUACGCGUCAACCAGGACACGAGGUUGGACAAUCGUGUGCUCGACUUGAGAACCCCAGCGAAUCAGGCCAUCUUUCGUCUGGAGGCUGGCGUUUGCCGUCUGUUCCGCGAUAUUCUUACCGACCAGGGUUUCACCGAGAUUCACACGCCCAAGAUCAUUUCCGCUGCCAGUGAAGGUGGUGCCAACGUCUUCACCGUCAGCUACUUCAAGGAUUCUGCGUAUCUGGCGCAGUCUCCACAGUUGUACAAGCAAAUGGCCAUCGCCGCUGACUUCGACAAGGUGUUCACAGUGGGAGCUGUGUUCCGUGCUGAGGAUUCAAAUACGCACAGGCAUUUAACCGAGUUCGUUGGUCUCGACUUGGAGAUGGCAUUCAAAUAUCACUAUCACGAGGUGCUGCAUACUAUUGGCAACACGUUUACAGCCAUCUUCAAGGGACUGCGCGAUAAGUAUAGUCGCGAGAUUGAGGCUGUUGGCCAACAGUACAAAGUGGAUGCAUUUAAGUUCUUGGAGCCACCACUGAUACUGCAGUUCGCUGAGGGUGUUGCCAUGUUGCGCGAGGCUGGUGUGGAAACUGGUGACGAGGAGGAUUUGUCAACUCCAAACGAGAAAUUGUUGGGACGCUUGGUGAAAGCCAAGUACGACACUGACUUCUACAUCCUCGACAAGUUCCCAUUGGCGAUACGACCAUUUUAUACGAUGCCCGAUCCCAACAAUCCUGUUUAUUCCAACUCAUACGAUAUGUUUAUGCGUGGUGAAGAGAUUCUGUCGGGCGCUCAGCGUAUCCACGAUCCCGAGUACUUAAUUGAGCGUGCUAAGCACCAUGGCAUUGACACUUCGAAAAUUGCCGCUUAUAUUGAAUCCUUCCGUUACGGAUGUCCACCACACGCUGGCGGUGGUAUUGGCAUGGAGCGCGUCGUCAUGUUGUAUCUUGGCUUGGACAACAUUAGGAAGACUUCUAUGUUCCCACGUGAUCCCAAACGGUUAACGCCUUAAAUGUGCCGCUCAGAAACGCAAAAACUCUAUUUAAUUGAAUUAAAUUCGCAAACAAACCAAUUUUUUAUUGUUUCCUCUUAACUUUCCAAACUGUGACCCUAUGCCAACUCUCAGCAAAAUCUUUAUUUUAGUAGAACCUUCACUCCCCUACUUUAUGUUGGAGCUCUUUCCUUAAGACUUACAUACUGCAAAGUUGUUUAACAACGAGAAAUGUAAAGACUGUUUAGAAGUCAAAUUGUUUAAUACCGUAUCAAAUAAAUCUUUGCAAGUGUGUUUAGUAA